AUGGCGGCGGCGGCCGAGCCCGGGGCCCGAGGAUGGCUUGGCGGCGGCUCCCCGCGCCCUGGCAGCCCGACCUCCAGCCCUGAGCUGGGCGCCGGAAGCCGCUCGCGAUCGGGGCCAGGGUCCGGGCCGGGGUCGGGGCCGGAGCGGUCGGGCGCCAGGCCCCCAGGGCCCGCCGCGCCGAGUCACAGCUUCAGGAAGGUGACGCUUACCAAGCCCACCUUCUGCCACCUCUGCUCCGAUUUCAUCUGGGGGCUGGCCGGCAUCCUGUGUGACGUUUGCAACUUCAUGUCCCAUGAGAAGUGCCUGAAACACGUGAAGACCCCCUGCACGAGCGUGGCUCCCAGCCUGGUCCGCGUACCGGUGGCCCACUGCUUCGGCCCCCGGGGGCUCUGGAAGCGCAGGUUCUGCUCCGUGUGCCGGAAGGGCCUGGAGGCGCCGGGCCUCCGCUGCGAAGUGUGUGAGCUGCACGUUCACCCCGACUGUGUGCCCUUCGCCUGCAGCGACUGCCGCCAGUGCCACCAGGACGGGCACCGCGACCACGACGCGCACCUCCACCACUGGCGGGAGGGGAUCUUGCCGUCCGGCGCGCGUUGCGAGCUCUGUCGGAAGACUUGCGGCUCCUCGGACGUGCCGGCCGGCGUGCGCUGCGAGUGGUGCGGCGUCCAGGCCCACUCGGUCUGCUCCGCGGCGCUCGCCCCCGAGUGCACUUUCGGGCGCCUGCGCACCCUCGUCCUGCCCCCCGCGUGCGUGCGCCUCCUGUCCCGAAACUUCAGCAAGAUGCACUGCUUCCGGAUCCCCGGGAGCGCGGCGCCGGAGCCCGGGGAUGGGGAGGACAGCGCCGACGGCACCGUCUCCGCCGGCCCGGGCCGAGAGGUGGGGGCGCCUGAGUCCGGCAAGCAGACUCUGAAGAUCUUUGACGGCAGCGACGCGAUGCAGCGAAACCACUUUCGUGUAGUCACGGUCCCGCGCCUGGCCCGGAGCCAGGAGGUGCUGGAGGCGGCUCUGCGGGCUUACUACAUCCCCGAGGAUCCUCAGGGCUUCCAGCUGCAGGCGGUCCCCACACCUGCGCAGCCUGGCGACACCGAGGCUGCGGGAAAGGUCUGGAGCGUGGGGCCCGCUGAGGAGGAGGGCUGCAGAGCGGCUCCCGAGGCCUGGGUACUCCGCGCUCUGCCCCGCACCCAGGAGAUCCUGAAGAUCUACCCGGCCUGGCUCAAGGUGGGUGUGGCCUACGUGUCCAUCCGUGUGACCCCACAGAGCACUGCCCGCAGCGUGGUGCUGGAGGUCCUCCCGCUGCUCGGAUGCCAGGCCGAGGGGGUCGAGGGCUUCCAGCUGGUAGAGGUGCACAUGGGCAGCAGACAAGUCCAGCGUAUGGUGGUGGCGGACGAGGAGCUCAUGCUGGACAGGCUUCGUGAGAUCCGGCAGACGUCCCUGCGGCAGAUGAGCCAGACGCGGUUCUACGUGGCUGAGAACAGCGUGCUGGCCCCGCGCGUCUCUCUGUUUGUGGGCGGUCUGCCCCCAGGCUUGUCCCCCCGGGAGUACCGCAGUCUGCUGGAUGAGGCCGUCGCCAGCAAAGCUGCCUCGGUGACCGUGAGCCACGUGUAUUCCGCCCAAGGUGAGCCGCUGCAGACCGAGGCUAGGUCUGGUCAAAGGUCACCCUCAGAGCAGGCGGGGCAGCCCCACCCUCUGGCUUCACCUCGUUGGGGGCCCAGAGGUGCUGUGGUGCUGGACGUGGCCUGCUUCGCGGAGGCCGAGCGGCUGUACAUGCUGGUCAGGGACACAGCUGUGCGCAGCCGGCCACUGACUGCCCUGGUGCUCCCAGAGGUGCUGCACACGAAGCUGGCCCCAGACUGCCGCCCCCUGCUCGUGUUUGUGAACCCCAGGAGUGGAGGACUCAAGGGCCGUGACCUGCUCUGCAGUUUCCGGAAGCUGCUCAACCCCCACCAGGUCUUCGAGCUGACCAAUGGGGGGCCGCUGCCCGGGCUCCACGUGUUCUCCCAAGUGCCCUGCUUCCGAGUGCUGGUGUGCGGCGGGGACGGCACCGUGGGCUGGGUGCUCGCCGCCUUGGAGGACGUGCGGCACCGCCUGGCCUGCCCGGAGCCUGCUGUAGCCAUCCUGCCCCUGGGCACAGGGAACGACCUGGGCCGGGUUCUGCGCUGGGGCGCGGGCUACAGCGGGGAGGACCUGUUCUCCGUGCUGCUGUCAGUGGACGAGGCGGACGCCGUGCUUGUGGACCGCUGGACCAUCCUGCUGGAUGCUCACGAGCCUGCUGGCGGGGAGGACAGCGAGGCAGAUGCAGAGCCCCCCAAGAUCGUGCAGAUGAGUAACUACUGUGGGAUUGGCAUCGACGCAGAGCUGAGCCUGGACUUCCACCAGGCACGGGAGGAGGAGCCCGGCAAGUUCACAAGCAGGCUGCACAACAAGGGCGUGUACGUGCGGGUCGGCCUGCAGAAGAUCAGCCACUCGCGCAGCCUGCACAGGGCCCUGCGGCUGCAGGUGGAGCAGCAGGAGGUGGAGCUGCCCAGCAUCGAGGGGCUCAUCUUCAUCAACAUCCCCAGCUGGGGCUCAGGGGCCGACCUGUGGGGCUCUGACAGCGACUCGAGGUUCGAGAAGCCGCGCAUGGAUGACGGGCUGCUGGAGGUGGUGGGGGUGACAGGCGUUGUGCACAUGGGCCAGGUCCAGAGCGGGCUGCGCUCGGGCAUCCGCAUUGCCCAGGGCUCCUACUUCCGCGUUACCCUCCUCAAGGCCACGCCCGUGCAGGUGGACGGUGAACCCUGGGUCCAGGCUCCUGGGCACCUGAUCAUCUCGGCUGCGGGCCCUAAGGUCCACAUGCUCAGGAAGGCGAAGCAGAAGCCCAGGAAGGCAGGGCCACCCAGGGACGCACGAGCAGAUGGGGCGCCAGCCCCCGAAGGGGACCCCAAGUAGUGGUGUGUCCGGGAGCAGCGGUCAGCGGUGGACAGAUGUGCCCACAGCCGUGGCCUCUGGCCUGUCUCUUCCCCAUGCCACAC